AUGUUGCCAACUACGAAGGACGAUGCCAACUCGAGGGGCACGUCCAAAAGAACUGCCCCUACCAACCCACCAGCUUUAUCCGCCUUUGAUCCUGCCAGUCUUGCAAUCAUCGAGCGACUUGAAAGAUUGGAACGAGAAUUUACCCGUUUUACCAAUUCCUCAAUCCCCAGAGAGUCAUGCUACCAACAGCCUUUCCCAGCUGGACGCCUCCCACAUAUUUCUUACCAGAAUCUGGAUCAAAUCUUGAAAUGGCCGGUCUUUCAACAUGCGCGUCUCUCGGUCUCGCCACAUGCUCAGUCCUGCAGUUCGCCAUCUGAGGUCUUCUGUGGAGGCGCAGAAGGAUUUGGCCGUGCGGUCGGCAAUGUGCUUGAUGGCGUGCCAAUUUUUGACUUGGUGCAUCGGUUUUUCACUCACGUCCACAGCAGAAAUCCGAUCUUGGAUGAGGGGAAAAUUCGGACCCUGGCUCAAGAAAUUCAAGGUCGAGGGAUAGGAUGGGACACUAAAUCGGCCUUGAUCCUGCUUGUCUUGGCCAACGGCGCUUUGGGUCACCCUCUGCCUACUCCAGCUCAUCCUGAAAAAGUAUUCGGGCAGGAUCAAGCUACUGCACUUUUCCUCGCCGCAGAACAGCGACUGGGCUACGCUGUAGCAUCUACAGGUAUCAUGCAGGCGCAAUGUCUCUUCCUUGCUGGGGUCUUUUUGAUGUCUUCGCUGCGGCCUUUCGAUGCUUGGCGGAUGUUUUUGCAAGCUCUCGCAAUGUGCCGGACGUUUAAGAGGACCCUGGCUUACGAUGCUGCCGACACGUUAGCCGCUGAGAGCGUAUCCUGCUCUGCGUGGAAAUCAGAACGCGAGCUGUGCCGGGAGCUCUGGGCCUCGGCUGACUGCGCGAGCUUCAGCCACGAGCAUCUCCACCAAUUUCCGAACCUGCCAACAGAUUGUGAAGGCGAGAACCUAUACAUCUGGUAUUUUUACUUGUCAGAAAUAUCCGCUUGGCGCCUGGGAACCAGGGUGGAGGAGGAGAUGACAGGAUUCGCCGUGGAAGGGGGCGGUAGUCUCGUGGAUCUGACCGAGAUUGCUGACAGCCUGAUGGACCAAGCUGUUCAAUGGCAGAAUUCCUUGGCUCUCAAAGUAUCUACCAGUCACGAUGAAAACGAGAGUGACAUGCUUAGACUCAUAUUGAGGGCCCGCAUUGCAUACGUUCAGGACAUGAUUUCAUGGCCAUUUGUUUAUGCACUCAUUCAUGAUGGCGCGGAACCAGAGUCACCCAAGGUUUGCGAAUGGGCUGCGAAGGGACUCUCAUGCCACUUGCACAAAUUGCUAAUGCACCGGAUCCAAUUCUAUCACAGGCAUCACGGUACCUGGCUCAUGAUACGAUCGUGUGCUCGAAGUGCCUCUAUCUUGCUUGCCGCUGCAAGGCGACCAUUUGCACAGAGGCUGCUUCCGGCGCAAUGGCGUGGACCGGUUGAAGCCACCCUCAAAAUGCUUCAGUUCUGGCAACCAUAUGUCAAAGAGUUGCAGGAAGCUGUUGAGUGUAUCCAAGCUCUCUACUCCCAGCUGUAG